AUGCUCCUAACAAGACUAGAUGGCCGGAAGUGCUGGUCGUAUAAGCUAGAAGAGCGGUUCCAAACAUAUGUUUUUUUACACGCCUCUGAUCGGUUACUUGAUUUCUAUCAGAUUCUGAAAGCGCAUUCGAGGACUAUUCAAACUCCUUUUGAUUGUUGGCGAUCCUCGUUUUUCCCAUUUUCCAGUUCAAGGAAGCGACAUUGGUUCAUUUUUGCCGGUUCAAACACUUUCCACUACACUCCAAUUGACAGGGAAUGAUGCAGACUGAUUGUUUCUCCAAUUUAUGUCUUGUUCUCUUGCAUAGUGCCAACGAAUCAUAAGCUCCCGAACCAAGAAAUUCCAGGUGGGCCCUCUCAUUGUACUUCACUACAUAUGCAACAGUUCUGAAGAUUCCCUUUUCCUGUGGCAAAUGUAAUUAAUUAAUCUAUCACAGUAUCAAGUAAAACAAUUCAUAAGAUCGUUUCCAUGGUUAACUUCUGAACUCAAAUAUAGUAUAUACAUUUAACUUGGUUGUAUUUUGUGGUAAACAUAGAACAUAUUAAAUAUACCCCUCCUUGGAGUCAGAAGAUUCGUAUUAUCUAAACAAAACACUCAAAA